AUGGCUUCAAACGAUACAAGAUAUAUUUUUGUGGUAGAAUGGUACGAUAAAGCAGCUUCCUUAGUCCGUACUUAUAAUCUGACAUAUUUUACACACGAUAAAUCUAUAGAAAUGUAUGAUUUAAAAAAUAAAAGAGUAUUUUUAAAAAGAAAUGAAUUUCCAAUGGAUGAAAAAGAGUUUUAUUUAGGAAAUUUAAUAACAGUAUUUUCUCGUUAAUUAAAAAUUGUAGAUUUUGCAGAUGUAUUUACUCGCUAAAGAUUUUAAGAAGCUAAAUAAAGAACAUUCGCUAUGAUAAAACCAGAUGCAUAUAAUCAUUUGGGAAAAAUAAUCUCAAAAAUAGAAGAAUCUAGUCUUUUAAUAGCAAAUAUGAAAAUGACAAAAUUUUCCAUAUAAGAUGCACAAGAGUUUUACGCUGAACAUAAAGGUAAACCUUUUUAUGAAACUUUAACAAACUUCAUGAGUAGUGAUUUUAUAGUUGGAUUUGAAUUAGUAGGUGAAAACGCAAUAAAAAUAUGGAGGGAACUUUUGGGACCAACAAAUAGUUUAGUUGCAAAAGAAUAAGCCCCGAAUAGUAUUAGAGGACUUUUUGGAACUGAUGGAACGAAAAAUGCAUGCCAUGGAAGUGAUUCACCAAAUAGUGCAUUUAGAGAAUUAAACUUUUUUUUUUCUGAAAAAUCUCAAUUAUAAACUACUGCUAUUUUCAAUAAUUGUACUUGCUGUGUUAUAAAGCCUCAUAUUGUAAAAAGCAGAUAAGUAGGCUAAAUUAUUGAUUAUAUCUUAAGAGAAGGAUAUGAGAUUUCUGCUCUAUAAACUUUUACUUUAGAUCUACCUUCUGCUGAAGAAUUUUAUGACGUCUAUAGAGGUGUAGUUCCUGAAUUUAAUAGUUUAGCUGAACAUCUUACCUCGGGUAUGUGUGUUGCCCUUGAAGUUAGACAAGAAAAUGUAGUUAGUAGCUUUAGGUAAUUAUGUGGACCUCAUGAUCCUGAAAUUGGUAAGGUAAUCUGCGAAAAUACAAUUAGAUCAAAGUUUGGUAUUGAUAGGGUUAGAAAUGGAGUUCAUUGCACUGAUUUAGAAGAAGAUGGAAUUUUAGAAGUUGAAUACUUUUUUAAUAUUUUAUAAAAAUGAAUUUAUUAUUUAUUUAUUAAAUUAGAACAUAUAUAAUUUAAUUUUUAUAUUUUUUAAUACAACUAUUUAUUUAUUAUUUUUAUUU